GUGGGCGCCGCUGCCGGUGCCGGUGCCGGUUCUGGGGGCGUGCGGCGGCCAUGGCGCGGGUGCUGGUGGUGGGCGCGGGGCUGACGGGCGCGGCGAGCGCGGCGCUGCUGCGCGGGGCCCCGCGGGCACAGGUGUCCGUGUGGGACAAGGCGCGGGGCGCAGGGGGCCGCAUGAGCACCACCCGCGCCGACCGCGGCAGCGCCGACCUGGGCGCGCAGUUCGUCACCUGCGAGCCGGAGCUGGCGGGGCCGCGGCUCAGCUUCUACGAGGAGCUUGUCACUCACGGCAUCCUGAAGCCACUGACCGCUCCCGUGGAAGGAAUGGUGGUGAGAGAAGGCUCCCGCAAUUACGUGGCACCCCAGGGCAUCUCCUCGGUUGUCAAGUACUAUUUAGAACAGUCAGGUGCAGACGUGUCCUAUGAGCAGCAGGUGACUCACAUCUCCCUGCGGGAUGGGAGGUGGGAAGUCUCCAGGAAAGCUGGGCCCCCGGAACAGUUUGAUGUGGUAAUUCUCACCAUGCCUGUCCCCCAGAUUCUCCAGCUGCAAGGUGACAUUGUGAACAGAAAACCAGAGUCUUACCCUGGCCUACAGCUGCUGUGGAGCAGGGUGGUGAUCUGCAGCCUCUCUAAAGCCGAGGAAAUUCCCCACGGAAGCCACAGGAGCUCCAGUCACAUUCCAGCCAGUGAAUUUUUGCCGCUUCCUGUGCAAUAUGGACUCUAUUUCUCCAUGAAGACAAAAGCCUUUGUUCUGCUGAGUCACCCUCCAGAGCAGCAGACAGCUACAGAGGAGUUGACACGCUCUGUUUCUACUUCCAGUUUUCACUUUGUACUUCUCCCCUGUACCCGCUUCUGCCUUUUCUUUGGUGUUGCACUGGGUUUUUUUUUGGUUUGUUUUGGGUUUUUUGGGCCGUGGUGCAGCAGGCACGUAUUUUCUGAGCUGUGCUGUGGUGGCUCUGUGGUUGCAGGGGUCACACUGACUGUCACACGCCUGCAGGUUCUGCCUCCUGCACCUACAGCUGCCUUGGGAAAGGGAGAAGUGGCUCAGCUUUCACAGCAUCUCCCAAGGGGAUGAGUAAUAGCAAAUUGUUCCUUUUGAGGUGCCUCCUGCCCUUGUUUGAUUGCUCUGAAGUGCAGCUGAGGUUGGGACACGUGUGAGGGGGGCAGCCAUCAGGGUAACAAUGGGAUGUGAUCCAUGGAAAAGGCUUUUAUCAUAACUGGAAUUUGCCUCACUUGUGUUCUUCCACCAUGAUGAGGUUUGAAGGCUGCAGUUGCCUCUUGAGCCUAGAAAGCCAAAAAAAUGAAGGAAAUUACUUUUGCAGAGCUGCUGAGAAUAGUAAGGGGAUAAAUUAAUCCAACUGAAGGUGGGGACAAGAAAAAAAUGUUGAUAUUUCU